UCCGGUCGCAGUCGGAAUCCGAGCCGAGAGCCUCUGACUGUUCGGCGCCACAGACACAUCAAUCGGGGUCCUGGCUGGCGGUGUGAGAUUGUUUACAUCCAAUCACACCACUGAGAAAGAAAGUAACGUGCUGUGCUGCAGAAAUGGACACCGCUGAUCAGCUGGCAUCUGCGGGGACAUUUCAAGUGCUAAAAUUACCUCUGGGAUUUAUCCGUGUUUUGGAAUGGCUUUUUGCCAUUUUUGCAUUUGCAACCUGUGGGGGCUACUCUGGGCAGCUACGGGUCAGUGUGGACUGCAUGGAGAAGGCCAGCAGCAACCUCAGCAUUGCCAUUGACUUUGCUUAUCCUUUCAGGUUGUAUCAGGUGUCGUUUGAGGCUCCAGCGUGUGAGGCUAUGAGGAGGGAUCGUGUGUUCCUCAUGGGAGACUAUUCUUCCUCUGCAGAGUUCUUCGUCACCAUUGCGGUCUUUGCCUUCCUGUAUUCCUUCAUGGCUACUAUUGUCUACAUCUUCUUUCAGAACAAGUACCGUGAAAACAACCGGGGACCCCUAAUUGACUUUGUAGUGACAGUGGUAUUCUCCUUCAUGUGGCUGGUCAGCUCCUCUGCUUGGGCCAAGGCUCUAUCUGAAGUGAAACUGGCCACCGAUCCUGAUGAGGUGCAGCUCCUUAUCUCUUCCUGCAAACUCCAGACAAACAAGUGUGGCUCUGUGCAUGGACCACGCUGGUCUGGCCUCAACACCUCAGUGGCUUUUGGGUUUCUCAAUUUUGUUCUUUGGGCUGGGAACAUCUGGUUUGUCUUCAAGGAGACCGGCUGGCACAAGGGGGCUUCAAGGUUCCCAGGUGGAGCUUCUGAGAAACAGGCUGGCACCUUUAACCAGCAACCUUACAACCAGAGAAGCUUUGACCAGUCAGGAAGCUACAACUCUCAGGGCAACCUUGGCCAGGUGUCUGAUUACGGCCAGGUGUCUGAUUACAGCCAGGUGGGAGGGCCAACCUCCUAUUCCAAUCAAAUGUAGCGUGCCUUCUGUUUCAUGAGCGGCACUUCUGCAUUUUAAAUCAGGGUAAACAGGAGUGUUAAAUGGAUGGGAAUUACAGAUCCAUUUUCUUACUCAACACAAUUUAUCCUCAAGUUUCUGUUCAAAAAAAGAAAAUAAAGAGGAAAAAUAAAAAAGGCAUUAUAGGUGUCAGAUGACAUCCACUGUAGAUUGAGGUGUUGUUGGGUAUUGUACAAACUUAGAUAUGGUCCUUUACUCCUCUUCUGUCGGAUGUGUUCUUUGCUUAAUGUUGUAUUUCCUGUUGUUUGAAACAAGUUUCUCUCUCAGUGCUUGGUAAUAGACAUCCACUGUUACCACUGGAUGUCUUUUUUUAAAAUUGUUUACACUGUUGUGAAAGGAAAAAGUGCUCUAUGUUUCUAUAUCUCAAGUUUCUAAAAUGGUGACGGAUAAGUGCAUGAUGUUGUGAAUGUGGUCACCCUCUCUGUGAAAUUUGUAAAUGAAAUGCAAAUGCACUCUCAAAGUUUACAAAAUGCACACUGCCCUGACUCGUUAUUGAAAGAUUCUCCAGAUCUGUGUUAAUAAGUGUUGUGUUUUUUUUUUAAAUCUAUAAGAACUUUAUUUUGAUGAGGGUAUUUCUAAUUCAGAAGCUGAUGCAUAAUAAUACAGAUGGAAGUUAUCUCACAUUUGUCAGUGCAUACUAAUUUCAUCUCUUGUUAAACAUGAAUCAUUUCAGAAUUCUAGAGAUAUAAAGCAAUAACCUCAUACUGAAUAUGACACUAUCCACUGCUUCGUUAAAAAAGAAAUAACCAAAUUCAAACAUUGGAGCAUGCUUCUGUAUCCAUAGUUUCUUUAAUACAUUGACUCAAAAGAACUCAACAAAAUACAACACUGUAAUUUAUCUUAAUCGUGUUGAGGGAGAUUAUCCCCUCAUUGUUUACAAGUGGCUGUUCCUGCUGCAAAUUAAUGUGACUGUUUUCUAUGCUUUACAUGAAUUACAGGGAAUUUGUAAACAUGUGUUAUACCUCUCUGAAGCAUGUCCAGUUUCCUAUUUGUUUAAGCCCAGCAAAAAAAGCACAUCAAUUCCACAGUGCUAGUACCGUAGUACUACAGUAGUAGAAUAGUGGACUCAUGUGAAAAACUAAUUUUGUGCUUUUCUUGGUUUAAAAAACAACUUGGGGUUUAUUUUACAUUUAAAAAAUUUAUAAUUCAUGUAUACUGUUAAAAGAAUAAUGUUCAGAUGCUAUUUGUUUACAUUGAUAUCACUUGUGCUGCCCUGUUUGUUAACCUCCUAAGCAUGUAGCUUGCAUGGGUGUAAAGCAGAAUGAAUAUCAGUGUAUGUAUAAUAGUUUGGCAUCCAUGACAAGGCAUUGAUGCUAAUAAAGGUACACAAAUUUGCCAA